CAAGCAGAGCAUUAGCAAACCUCAGCCAAAGCGCAGACUUCAACCGGCCACAAGAGUGUGCCUGUGAGGUGACUGCAGGUUUUUUUCCCCCUGCCAAACCAGAAUUAGCCGGUAUAGGAGCGAAGGAGAGUGGAGGUUUGAAAUUGCACGGAUUGGAAGGAAGCUCGGGUGAGCCCGGACACCUCCAGACGCGCCCUUUGUAAAAGCGCCAGGACCGGAGCAUCGGGCUUCAGACUCCCGCAGACGUCCACCUGGCGCGGCGGGGGGCGGCGGAAAACCUUGGAAAAUGUACACGAGUCAUGAGGACAUCGGGUACGAUUUUGAAGAUGACCCCAAGGAUAAGAAGACCCUCAAGCCCCACCCAGACAUUGAUGGCGGGUGGGCUUGGAUGAUGGUCCUCUCCUCCUUCUUCGUGCACAUCCUCAUCAUGGGCUCCCAGAUGGCCCUGGGCGUGCUCAACGUGGAGUGGCUGGAGGAAUUCCACCAGAGCCGUGGGCUCACCGCCUGGGUGAGCUCCCUGAGCAUGGGCAUCACCUUGAUCGUGGGACCUUUCAUCGGCUUGUUCAUUAACACCUGCGGGUGCCGCUGGACCACCAUCGUGGGGGGGCUGCUGAACGCCCUGGGCUGGGUGCUGAGUGCUUAUGCUGCCAACGUGCACUGUCUCUUUAUUACUUUCGGAGUGGCAGCCGGCCUUGGCAGUGGCAUGGCCUACCUGCCCGCAGUGGUCAUGGUGGGAAGGUAUUUCCAGAAGAGACGAGCCCUGGCCCAGGGGCUCAGCACCACAGGGACGGGGUUUGGGACGUUCCUAAUGACCGUGUUGCUCAAAUACCUGUGCGUGGAGUAUGGCUGGCGCAAUGCCAUGUUCAUCCAGGGCGCUGUGUCCUUGAACCUGUGUGUGUGCGGGGCGCUCAUGAGGCCGCUCUCUCUCGGGAAAGACGGAGGUCAUCCAGGAGGGAAAGAUCCCCAAGUAAUCCCGGCUCCUUCCACAGAGUCUGUAAAGUCAGAUGGACAGCUGGGCAGUACAGAAGAGAAGGACAGCGCACUGGGGAGGGAAGGGAACCUCUGUGACCUUCAAGCCCAAGAGUGCCAAGGUCAGGCCCAGCCCAGGAAGAACAUGUACGCCCUUCGAGUUGUGAAGACCAUGAGCCAGGUCACCCUGCGGGUCCGGAAGGGCUUCCGGGAAUGGUACUCAGGCUAUUUUGGGACAGCCUCACUCUUUACUAAUCGGAUGUUUGUAGCCUUUGUUUUCUGGGCUUUGUUUGCCUACAGCAGCUUUGUCAUCCCUUUCAUCCACCUCCCAGAAAUAGUCAAUUUGUAUAACUUAGCGGAGCAAAAUGACGUUUUCCCGCUGACUUCAAUUAUAGCAAUACUUCAUAUCUUUGGGAAAGUGAGCCUGGGCUUCCUGGCUGACCUGCCCUGCAUCAGCGUGUGGAACGUCUUCCUCAUGGCCAACUUUACCUUGGUUCUCAGCAUUUUUAUCCUGCCCUUAAUGCACACAUAUGCCGGGCUGGCGGUCAUCUGUGCGCUGAUCGGGUUCUCCAGUGGGUAUUUCUCCCUGAUGCCCGUGGUGACGGAGGACCUGGUUGGCAUCGAACACCUGGCCAAUGCCUACGGCAUCAUCAUCUGUGCUAACGGUGUCUCUGCCUUGCUGGGCCCGCCCUUUGCAGGGUGGAUCUACGACAUCACACAGAAAUACGAUUUUUCCUUCUAUAUUUGUGGUUUGCUUUACAUGCUGGGGAUACUCUCCUUACUCAUCCAGCCGUGUGUCCAAAUUAUAGAGCAAACCAGAAGAGAGCACACAGACAGCUCGCAUGUCUAGGGCCAUGUGGGUCCCCUGUGGAUGGCCUCCUGUCACUCGUGCCUACCUCCCACGGCCGCUGUGAGGAGCCUGAGCGCAGGGCAGCGUCCCUCAGAAAUGCACUGUCCCUGCUUCAUUUGGAAGCGGUGCUACCUCUUGGUCUGGGGAGAGACAGUGCUGGAAGGUUUUGAAGACUGUAGUUUUCACAGAUGACAGUGUUUACAGCCUUUAAAACAAUUGGUAGAAAUGCCCUUUAAAAAACUCUCUUUUACUGGGCUUGAUGACACAUACCUGUAAUCCCAGUACUUGGGAGGCUGAGGCAGGAGGAUCACUGCAAGUUUAGGGCCAGCCUGGGCUA